AUGGUAAAACUGGCAAACCCGCUCUACACGGAGUGGAUUCUCGAGGCCAUACAGAAAAUCAAACGGCAGAAGCAGAGACCUUCAGAGGAGAGGAUAUGCCACGCGGUCGGCACGUCGCACGGACUCGAUAAGAAGACGGUCCUUGAGCAGUUGGGAUUAAGCGUUCAUGAUGGGUCUAUUCUCAAAGUCACCAACAAGGGGAGCACUUCUUACAAAGACCCCGGCAAUCCUGGAAGAGUCGUCGCCACCGCCACAGCUGCCGCGCAACCCCCACCCGCACCGCCUGCCCCUGUGCCGACAAAGGAAUUUAAGUGGGAUUCCCAAGAUCUGCGUCACGUUGAUUGGAAUAAAAUACUGCGUCGCGCCAUCGAAGGCUUGGAUGAUACGCACGGGUCCUCUCUGAAAAACAUCGAGAGGUAUCUGAGAAACCAGAGGGAUUUGGCCAAAGUCGCCGUCAACCCCGCUUUCGGGCAGAGGUUGAGGUUAGCGGCCAAGCGUUCGGUGGGCAACGGGAGGCUGUUGAAAAAUGGCCCGCGAUAUAAGCUCAGUCCACAAGGGGGCGGCAUGGAGCACAGCAGAGGGCAUUCCAGGGGCGGCAGUACGGCCACAAUACUGCUGACCACGGUGACGCUCCUGCCACAUGAGCGCGAUCAGAUGCGUGUGGAUCCCAUUCCCAUCUGCAGCUUCUGCCUCGGGACAAAGGAGUCGAACCGGGACAAGCGGCCGGAGGAGUUGUUGUCCUGCGCAGACUGUGGCAGCAGCGGGCACCCGUCAUGUCUGAAGUUCUCCCCAGAUUUAACAUGCAACGUGAAGCGACUCCGGUGGCAGUGUAUCGAAUGCAAAACGUGCAGCUCCUGUCGGAUCCAGGGCAAAAACGCGGACGAGAUGCUCUUCUGCGACUCGUGUGACCGGGGUUUCCACAUGGAGUGCUGCGAGCCUCCUCUCUCGCGAAUGCCAAAAGGGACGUGGAUCUGCCAAGUGUGCAGGCCCAAGGAGAACAGCAAGAAGCUGCUUCACCAGAAAGCCCACCAGAUCAAGCGCCGAUAUGCAAAGCCAAUUGGACAUCCCAGGAACAAGCUGAAACAAAGAAUGUGUGUGAGUGGCGGUGGCGGCAGCUCGGCGACCCUGGCACCCGGUAGGGCUCAAAAGAUUUCCGUCUGUUCCACAAAUCCAUCUGGUCAUGCUGCAUCUGUGACGGACACCAGGGGGCCUCGUUGUGCAGUCGAAAUCACCUCCUCUUCCUCCUCCUUCUCCUCCUCCACCACCUCCCCACCUCCCCCUCUCACCUCCACCUCUCUCACCGUAAACAAGAAAACCAAAGGGCUAAUCGACGGGCUUUCCAAAUUCUUUACACCUUCCCCCAUCGGACGCCGCACGCGAGCUGUGUCUUUAGACCAGACCCCGCCCCCCAAACUCUCCGCAGAAUCCCCCAGCCCAGAUUUGACCCAAAAAACCUCCUUGUCACUCCCAGUUACGCCCAACUCGCUGCCAGGCCUUAGCCCGAACGUGCAAGUCUCCAGCGGCUCGACGUCGGCUAACUCCCCCCAGAGCUCUUCCAGUCAGUCUAGCGUGCCGUCCCUGACUAGCUUGUGCACUAGCAGCCACGUUAAGGGCCUUUUCGACGGACUCUCUCACAUAUUUACCACACAGGGACAGUCACGGAAAAAGAGGCUGCCUUGCUAUGCGCCACCCAGACGCAGAAAAAACCAAGCCGAGGGCAAAACGGGAACGGGGCGCCUCCACAAGACCGAGUUUAGCGCUAGCAAAAGCAGGCUGCCAGGAUGUCCCCGAGGAUAUAAGGUGGUCAGUCAUUUCAAGCGUAACCCCUUCCUUAAAAAGCACAGGACUCUAGGCAGGCUGCGCUAUAGGGUGAGCCCACACAAGGGGGCGCUGUCUCCGGGAAAGGCAGACUUGAAAGACGGACAAGAUAAAGCAGAGAAUAUCCAUGGGCUGAACGGCGAGUUGCGGCUGAAGAAGGAGGUGCAAGCGGCCGCCAUGUCUCGAGAACACGUCAACGAGGACGACGUCGAGACAUUCUCCAGGGUACAGGAGCUCGCUACACAGAGACCCGGUGCUCUGGACAGCGACUCGAUGAGAUUUCCCUCCAUCAUCGAGUUCGGAAAGUACGAGAUCCAGACGUGGUACUCGUCGCCGUAUCCUCCAGAGUAUUCGAGACUACAAAAGCUUUAUUUGUGCGAGUUUUGUCUGAAGUACAUGAGAAGCAAAAACAUCCUGCAGAGGCACACGAAGAAGUGCGGCUGGUUUCACCCUCCGGCCAACGAGAUCUACCGCAAGGACGACCUCUCCGUGUUCGAGGUCGAUGGAAAUGUCAGUAAACUCUUCUGCCAAAACCUCUGCCUUUUGGCCAAACUGUUCCUGGAUCACAAAACACUUUAUUACGACGUGGAGCCGUUCCUGUUUUACAUCCUCACGCAGAACGACGAGAAGGGCUGUCAUCUGGUGGGAUACUUCUCCAAGGAGAAGCUUUGCCAGCAGAAGUACAACGUGUCGUGCAUCAUGAUCCUGCCUCAGCACCAGCGCCGAGGAUACGGACACUUCCUCAUUGAUUUCAGCUAUCUGCUCACGAGGCGCGAAGGACAAGCCGGAUCCCCCGAGAAGCCGCUGUCCGACCUUGGCCGCCUGUCGUACGCGGCGUAUUGGAGAAGCGUGGUGCUGGAGUUCCUCUGGAAGCACCGGCAGAAGCGCAUCAGCGUCAGGGGUAUCAGCCGCGCCUCCGGGAUGUGUCCUCACGACGUGGCCGCCACCCUGCAGCAGCUCGGCAUGAUCGACCGGCGAGACGGCAGAAUCGUGUUGGUGCGGAGGGAGCGAGUGAUCCAGAGACACGUGGACCGGCUGAGGGAGCGGCCCAGGCGGUUCCAGGUCGACCCCAGCGCCUUACGAUGGAACCCACCCAAGAACCACCAUGUGCCCACCACCUCCGACGAAGAGGAGGAGGAGGAGGAGGAGAGGGAGCUGCAGCGGCAGAAGGAGCAGUCGCGCUGGGACAAAGACGACCUGUUCUCGCCCUCCUCCCACAGCGGGCGUCCCACUCUCACCAAAGUCCACUGCAAGAUCCCGUACCGCACCUACGAGCGCCGCGCCAUGUCCGCAUGGAGCCGCCGCAUCCAGGAAGCCGAGGACCGCAGCCAUGACGACGAUGAGGCCGACGACGAUGACGAGGAUUCGGACAGCCUGCCGCCUGUCCUCACCAAAGCUCACGUCAUGCUUGCCACCAAAAGAAAGCAGAGGUCUGUGGUGCUGAAGAAGCGCGGCCGAAAAAGAAAGCGAGUGAACAGCAGCGUCACCACGGAGACCAUCUCGGAGACGACGGAAGUGUUGAACGAGCCGUUUGACCAGUCGGAGGACGAGAGGCCCAUGCCCCACCUGAAGAGGACCUCCCACAUCGGGGAGGAGGAGGACGACGAGGAGGACAGAGAUAUGGCCCCAAAGAAGAGGAGGAGAGGGAGGCCACGACUGGACAAAAACCUUCAGAAAGACAGGCGUGAACUCUGGGGCGGAGAGGCUGAUUUCUUGUGCAAAAGGCCCAUUUUGCGACCGCUGAAACGGAAGAAAGGCUGGCCCAAAGGCGUGAAGCGCGGCCCUCCCAAAUGGAGAACCAAGAAGGAGAGGAAGAUGGGCUUCAAGCUGAACCUGUACACGCCUCCUGAGACGCCCCUGGAGCACCGCAUGCACACGGAGGAGGCGGAGCAGGGCUGUGCCAGCGCCAACGAGGGCAGCCAGGCAGGGCGAGGGCGCGACAGUCCUGAUGUGACGCUGGAGGAGCUUCACUCACAGCCACACAGCCCAGAAGCAGAGUCCCAUAAAUCCAGCUCUGCUGAGGACUCCCCGGUCUGCUCCCCGGCUCCUUACUGCUCCCCUGAACCUCCCACCGAGCCACAGGACAGCGAGCCCGAGUCCCCCAAAGACUCUCCCAAAGACCUGGAGCAGGACGAGAGCCCAGCGGAGAGCAGAGAGGAGAUCCGAGAGGAGAGCAGACCAGAGAUUAGACCAGAGACCAGAGCAGAGACCAGAGCAGAGACCAGAGCAGAGACCAGAGCAGAGGCCAGAGCAGAGGCCCCAGAGAGAGAGGAGGAGGAGGAGGAGGAAGAGGCCAGAGAGGAGCAGGACGAAGAGGAGGAGCAGACGUCAGCGGAGCCCGAGCCCGCACAGGAAGAGCCCGAGCCGCAUGUUCCCAACGCUCCUGAAUGCACCACAGAGUUCCUUGAUUCAAACCCAUGUGAGGCGGGCCAGCAGGUUUCCAUUGCGACAGAUGAGGAGGACAGGAUUGAGGCUGCGGCGGAGGAGGAGGCUUCAACAGAACCAGAGCAGCGCGCCAUCCCAGAGUCAGCGGUGGAUUCUGGACAUGCCUCCGAGGAGGAGGUGGCCCCAAGCCCCUGUGAGGGCCACCCUCCCUCUGUGCCCCCACACAAACCCGCCAGCCCCGCCCCCCAGCAGGAGGAGCCCCUGUGCCCGGAGCUGGACUCUGAGACAGUGCAGGCGGUGCAGUCGCUCACGCAGGACGUGGUGUUCCAGGACUGUGCGGAGCCUCAGGAGCCCUGUGCCCCAGUGCAGCCAUACGCCCCCGUGGCCCCUAGCCCCGCACCUGUGCCCGAGGACUGCCCCCAGUCCGACCACAGCAGCCCCCUGUCGUCCGUUACGUCCCACCCCAGCCAGUCCGUGCGCUCUGUGAACAGCCCUGCGGUGUCGCUGCUGGAGAGCAGCUACACGCAGAUCAGCCCCGACCACGGCGCCAUGGUGCUGCACGGGAACCUGGAGACCAGCCCCGUGAUGGAUGUGCCGUCGGUGUCGGACCACGGCCAGCAGAUGGUGGACAGCGGCUUCAGCGACCUGGGCAGCAUCGAGAGCACCACGGAACCGUACGAGAACCCCAGCAGCUAUGACUCGUCUCUGGGCUACGGCAGCGCUCUGUCCCAGGGCAGCUGCGCCGUGGGGCCCGCCAUGGUCGGUUGCACGUUGAUGUCGCAGAACCUGAGCUCGCCGCAGCACUGCAACGUCAAGUCUCCACAGGGUUGCGUGGUGGAGCGCUCCCCCAGCAGUGGACGCCACGGGCAACACACACAGCACAAUCAGAUCAGCCACAACCAGCACCAACACGCGGCGCACACUCUGAACCAGCCGCACAAUCAGCCGCACCCUCACAGCGCGCCACAUCAGACACACUCUCACAACGUGCAGCACGCAACGCACUCCCACAGCGCGCCGCACCCACACAUCCACACUGCACCGCACCCCCACAGUGCGCCUCACCCGCACACUGCCUCCCGCUCCUCACACUCCCACAACACCGCACACUCGCACUCCCACAACACGCCGCACGCCCACAACUUAGUGCAUGCACACCCUCACGCGCAACAUGAUGCGCACAAUCAGCCCUUGUCUCACAACCCCACUCCGCACCUGGCGUCGCACGGGCGCCACAGUUCUGUCCACGCGCAGCAUAACUCCGCCCUCUCGCAGCAUAACUCCGCACACACCCAGCCGCACCUUCACAGCUCCUCGCACUCCCAGCACAACACCGCACACACACACAACCCGAUGAGCCACAAUCACAGCCUGCACCACAAUCAACUGCCGCAGCACAGUCUGCAUGGGCAACAGCACGCCGUUCCCCAGUGCGCCUUGCCCGCCUCCUUCACCCCGGCCGUGCCGCUGUCUGACCUGCCUGAGUCCAGCCCCAACUUCCUCUACGAGCGCCUGAACCCGCAGGGCGAGUACGGCGCGCACUACAGCCAGCCGUCCGGUCUGAGCUUGGCCAAACUGCAGCAGUUCACCAACUCCUUCAUGGAGCACCCCUUCAGCCACCCGCCCGCGCACCCCAUCACAUCCUACGCCAACACGCCCGCCCUGACGCAGGCGCCGCAGUCCACCAUGACACCACCGCCUGCCUCGCAUGUCAUGCUGCAGCGGAACCUCCAGCAGCAGCAGCAGCGCGUGCAGUCACAGAUGGUGGCGGCGGCAGCGUCCAAGAGCCACACGCCGUCCCGCUCCAAGACGCUCCACGCGCACCAGCAGCCCAUGUACGCGCCGCGCACCGUGUCCCGUGUCAGCCUCAUGCCCGGCGCCAACGCCUACAACUCCAUAAACAUGCCCCAGCUCAAUGGCUACGCCAUGAACAGCGGCUACCACGGCAACCACGGGUACAUGAACCAGUCGCCCCAGUACUCUAUGCAGAUGGGCAUGAUGGGGACGCAGCCGUACGGACAGCAGCCCAUGCAAGCGCCGCCGCACGGGAACAUUGUGUACUCUCCCGCGGGACAUCACACCUACGUGAACGCCGGGAUGUCCAAGCCGCCGCUGAAGGGCCCCGGGUUCAUGCGGCGGUAG